AAAAGUGGAUAAACCAGCAUAUAUUUCAGAAAUAUACUUUCCAUGCAUUAAAAUGUAAUUAUUAGAAUUUAUUAUUUAAGCUUAAUAGAACUAUAUCAAAAUUCCAAGAAAAUAAUAAAAUUUAAAGUAUGCGCAAGAGAGUUGCGCAGAAUGUCAAGUACAUGAAAGGCAUGAUCGCAUGAAAGCAGCGUUUGGCCAUUUGCAAAAGCAGCAUUCCAUCACAUUCCAUUGUGAUACUGUUCAUUUCUUGUGUUCUCGUUAAUAUUUCAGUGUUAUUUUUUGUGUAUAUACCAUGGCGGUCGAUGCAGUAAAUUAUCAAUUUGCUAUCGUAUUAUUUAAUGAUAAUACUGUAGAAAUAAUUCGCACUGACUGGGCUGAACUUGACGCGAAUGGAGAUGUGACAAGAAGCUUCUUCCCCUCAACAAAAAAUAAGAAAUUUCUUCAGGAUAUAUUGAAAAAUAAUCCCAUCCCAGAUAUAAAUUGGACAAACGAAGGUGAAAUGUGGCCUGUCAAAAAAACAUAUCGCUACUUUGAAACGUUAGAAGAGGCAGAAAAGAAUGUGGAGUAUUAUAUAAACCUAAGCGAUGUCGAGACAGACGACGAGAGAAAUCGUGAAAAAAUGAAAAAAUCAAGACAUCAACGUGCGAUUAAAAAUCCAUCUAACAGUGAUACGGACACCGAAUAUGAAGCUUCAAAAGCUGUAAAGAAAGAAAAAUUUGUGGCCUUAACUUCUUCAGAGGGAAACAAGAAAUUUAAAUUAACAUUUCAUCCCACUAUACCGGUUGAAAAAAUUGAUUUGGAUACAUCUUCGGCAUCUGCGAAGAUAGAGGAAGCCUUAACAGCUCCAAUCUCUAAUCCUGAAGAGGUAAACUCAAACUCCUUAGAUAAAGAGGAACCACAAGAUUCAAAUUUAUUGCAAGAUUCAGCUGGUGACAAUGGUAUGCCGUCUAAUAAUGGAGGAAAUCAGUCAAAUGCAAAACCGCAUUCAAAUGCAGUUCUUAAUCUUGCUGACUAUGCAUAUCAGAAAGUUAUGUUGACAAAAGUCACAAAAAUAGAAGUGUCUGUAGAUUUACUUGGUCGAAUGGCAAAAUCAAAUGGUAGCAAUACUAUUGUAAACGAUGUGACUUAUUCAUUUAUGCAUAAGGGGGAAGAGUUAAAAAUGUUUCCUCUAAAAAGUAAAGAGGAUUUUGACAGAACUGACCCUAAACUUGUACUAGACUCCGAAUUGUACAAAAUAGUUUACAGUGCGCUGAAGAAUGUAGGAAUAUAUAAUACACCCAGUUUAACAGUGUCAGCAAUGAUGGAGAAUGUAAUGACUUUCAAUCUGGGAAAGGAGUAUUGUUUAUCAGGAAAAAACAAGGAGAAACACAAAUUCAGCCUUACAAAUCUCUACAAGUUAAUUUCCAAAGCUGCUCUGGACUUAUUAAAGUGCAAGAAUGAAUCAAACAAGUCCAUUGAUGGUUUUCUUAGCAAUUGGCUAUCAAAUUGCACUCUCAGGAGUCGCAGACAAGAGGCUUCUGUACCAAAUGUAAUGGAAUUAUGAAAAUGAUUAUUUUUACAUAAAAAAUUUCCUUAAAAAGGGGUAUGAAUAUCUUUCUAAUGCUCGUAAACAAGUUCCCAGGAAAAGGGGGCUAUGAGUUACGUCCACUACAGGUCUGUUCAAAAAGUGGACAUCCAAUCUAAGAUGAAUUCUUAUUAUUAUUCUUUACCAUUGUACACGAAAUAUAAAUUUUUUUUGCAAUAAAAUAUUUGCAAAUAAAACUA